AUGUCAGAUGAUGAGCACGACUUUGGCAGCAGUGCCCCUGCCGAUGAUGAAGAGCUCUCUCUGCCUAAGGCGACAAUUCAAAAGCUAAUUCAAGAGUACUUGCCCAAAGACAUGAGUUGCGCUAAAGAUACACGCGAUCUUUUAAUCGAAUGCUGCGUCGAAUUCAUCCACCUCGUUUCUAGUGAAUCAAAUGAAGCGUGUGAAAUGGACUCGAAAAAAACUAUUGCGCCUGACCACGUAGUCAAGGCUCUAGUGGAUCUUGGAUUCGAAAAGUACACCCGCGAGGUACAAGAUGUACUGAACGAUCAUAGGCAGCACCAGAAGGAACGCGAACGCAAAGCAUCUCGCUUUGAACUAAGUGGACUAACUGAGGAAGAGUUGCAGCGGCAGCAGGAAGAGCUGUUCGCAGCCAGCAAGGCUCGCUUCGAUGCGGCCAAUUAA